UCCUGCCAGCGUGCGCGCGGCUCUUCAGUUGUUUUCACUUUCCACACAUUUGUUUUCCCACCAAUGGACGUCUGAGAGAGGAUUUUCGUGCUUCGGAAUAAAGCCUUCUCUUUAUUACGAAACCAAUUAUAUUAGAUGUCAUGUCGUAGUGUUAGUUUUUCAGUCCGUGUACUAUUCUGGAAACCCGGACAGUUAGCGUGUGGCUAACAAGUUAUACAUGAAGAAUGAAGACAGGCAGCGUUAACAGCAGCAUCAUGGACAUGUUUGAACAGGGGAAAGUCCUGAAGAUCUGCGCCCCUAUGGUUCGAUAUUCAAAGUUGGCGUUCAGGUCUCUAGUCAGGAAGUACAACUGUGACAUCUGCUUCACCCCUAUGAUAGUUGCAACUGACUUUUUACGAUCUGUCAAAGCCAGAGACAGCGAGUUUACCACCAACGAACGUGAUCGACCCCUCAUAGUGCAGUUUGCUGCCCAUGAUGCUCAGACCCUGGCUGAUGCAGCUUGCGUGGUGGCACCUUUCUCAGAUGGAGUUGACCUCAACUGUGGCUGUCCGCAGAGGUGGGCUAUGUCAUCUGGUUAUGGCGCAUGCCUCAUUAACAAGCCUGAACUUGUUAAAGACAUGGUGAGACACGUCAGAAACCAGGUGGGCAAUCCAAACUACACUGCUUCCAUCAAGAUCAGGAUCCACAAGGACUUGAGGAGGACGGUGGAUCUGUGUCAGAAAGCUGAAUCAGCUGGUGUGUCGUGGAUAACAGUCCAUGGUCGUACAGCAGAGGAACGCCACCAACCAGUUCAUUAUGACGCCAUUAAGACAAUCAAGGACAGUGUAUCAGUUCCUGUCAUUGCCAAUGGAGACAUAAAGUACCUUCGUGAUGUGGAGUCUACUCACCAGCUUACUGGUGUGGAUGGUGUGAUGGCCGCUCGGGGCUUGCUGGCAAACCCUGCCAUGUUUGCAGGAUAUGAGGAUACUCCGCUGCAGUGUAUAUGGGACUGGGUGGACAUUUCCCUUGAGCAGGGCACUCCAUUCACAUGCUUCCAUCAUCAUCUUAUCUACAUGCUGGAAAGGGUCAGCUCCCAGCCUGAGAGAAAGGUGUUCAAUUCCCUGUCCAGUACCUCUUCUGUAAUAGAGUACCUCCAGAACACAUACGGGACAGUUCAAGAUAUUGAAACACAUUUUGACGAUUUACUGAAUCAAAAGAUGACUUUGCAGUGGACUGCUGUGGCGCUCUUUCUCUAUGCAGAGAUUGUCGUCAUUCUCAUCCUCUGCAUACCUUUCAUUUCAGCCAGAAGAUGGCAGAGUAUUUUCCAGCUAAGAAUUUGGAGCUGGAUGGCGAGGUUCUGGAACAAAGUUUUCCUCACCAUGAUCAUAGUCCUUAUUGUUCUCUUUCUUGAUGCCGUACGAGAGGUCAGAAAAUACUCAAGUAAAGAAAUCGGCACAGAUACCAAAGUGCAACCAAACAUGUUUGACCACCUUCACAUGAAGCUUUUCCGGGCUCAAAGGAACCUCUACAUCUCUGGUUUCUCAGUUUUCCUCUGGCUGGUUAUGAAGCGAAUGAUCACUUUAAUUAAUCAGCUGGCAGCCGUGUCGGGGACCACAGCUGCUCUGCAAAUGCAGGCUGAUGAUGCUAAUAAAGCAGUGGAGAAGUACACAAAGGACAAUGAGCAGCUGAAAAGGAUGCUGAUGGAAGGAGUUGGUGAAAGGGCAACAGCAGAGGGCAUGGAGCUGUUGAGGACAGAAGUGGACAAGCUGAAACAUGAGCUGAAGUCCUCUAAUGACACCUUGAAAAAGUCUCAGGCAGAGGCAAAUGGGACAAAGAAGCAGAUGGAGGGACUUGCUCGAGAGUAUGAGAGACUGCUGAAGGAACAUCAGGAGCUUCAGAAUCGUCAUGAUAAUGGGAACAAAAAAGACGACUAGUGGUGGUAAUUAAACUUUCCCAAAUCAGCAAGAAAGCCAUUGCAAAAUGUCACAUCCAUUUGAUAAACCUGACAAGCAGACUUUGGACUGAGAGUUGUGAUGGUUUAAAAUUUGAUGAAUAUUUUUUUUGUUGUUAAUUGAUGAUCACUUUGUAUUUCCACUCGCUGCAGUGUUACUGAAAGAAUUUCUGAAAGCAAUCAGCAAACACUUCAUGCAGGAUAAGGUGAUUAUUUUAUCACAGAGCAUGUCACAAGUUAAAUUAAGUUGUGAGCUUUCUUAUUCAAGCUGUUGAUUCUGGUCCUUUAAACAAAUUAGAGUGCUGAAUGUGCUGAAAGCUAAAGACAUCCAAUCCUGUAUUCAAAGGUUAUGAAAAAAAAAUGCUUUCGUUUCAAACACGUUUUUAUAUUACGAUUGCAUAAUGCAGCUACCUCUUCUGCACCUCCAUGUUAACAUAAAGCAUGCACAUGCUUCUUUGUAGGUAAAGCUUAAAUGUAGGGUUUGGCUUAAAUGAACCAUCUUCACAUUUACAAUGUUCUCUCUCAUACAGUCAUAAUUCUGCCAUGUAGUAGAACGUAGAAAACACCAUCCUUAGCUUUCACCCAUUUGUGAUAAAUAAAUAGUAUGAAUGCAUAUAAUUAAAGUCAAAAUAGAUUUGUGUUUUUCAAAGUGUUUGUACCCUAAUGGGUUCCUAGACUUCUAUAGUUGUUGCACUGCAUUUCUCACUUAUGGUUUACAAAACAGGAAUGUAUGAUUAUUUUAUUGCGCAUCUUGCCGUUAUUUUGGUUAACAUAUGUCACUGUGAUUGCUUGUUCUCCAUGCUAAAGAAGUUGAGGUAGUGAUUCACAGCAUGGUUUGUAUGACCUAUCCAGGUUGUUUUCUUUUGUAUAAAGACAUUCAGUUGAAGUGCCUUUUUUAGCUGUGCUUUAAUAAAAAUAGGUUUGGUUAUCA